UCCUGCUUGAGUCGUGUCGGUGACCGCCUGGCCGUAGUCCGCGCCGUCCACCGGGGUCAGGCUGCCGAACCGCUCGCGCGGCAGCGUGGCCAUGCCGAUGUUGCUCAUCGAUCCCAUCAGGUUGCCGUGCGGCGUGCAGGCCGUGUAGUAGAGGACCGUCCGGUCGCCGAUGUUGAGCAGCGGCCCUUGCUCCAUGAGCACCGGCCCCUGCUCCAGCAUCCGGUCAUGGGUCGUGUUGUCGCGCCAGUCGCGGUCCCACGACAGCUCCUGGUCGCGGCCGAUGAAGGUGAAGCCGGGAGCCGGCUCGCGGAAGUGCACGCCGUCGUUGCUGAGGAUGAAUCCCAGGUCGACGGCGACCUCCUCGCCCCGGUAGUCCGGCCGCUCGGGCGGCGCGUCGGUGAUCGGGUGGUGCCAUUGCCCGCAGACGCCCAGGCAGACGUUGGGGUAGGGCGUUACGUAUGCGCCCAUGUGCACCUCCUCGCGGUCCCAGCCGGUUCGGUAGGGCGAGGAGGACUGCAUCGGCUUGAAGAAGGCGUG